AUCAACAUCAUCAACAUCAUCAACAUCAUCAACAUCAUCAUCAUCAUCAACAUCAUCAUCAACAUCAUCAACAUCAUCAACAUCAUCAACAUCAUCAACAUCAUCAACAUCAUCAUCAUCAUCAACAUCAUCAACAUCAUCAACAUCAUCAACAUUGUCAUCAUCCCCGCCGUCAUCCCCAUCGUCAUCAUCAGUAUAAUCAACAUAAUAAACAACAACAAUGUAUAGGAGGCCUUGGUCUAGUCUUUACUAAAUCAAAUUACUAGUGUAAUUAUGCAUUUGCCAGCUAGGCAGCAACAUCAGCAGCAUCAACAGCACCAGCAGCAGCAGCAGAACCCGGCUGAAGCAAUAACAGUAACGGCUUGCUGAAGUGAAAACAGUAACAGAUGUCUGUAGCAGAGAAACUUCCAGCCAGCUCAAGCCAGCUGAAGUAGCAGUGGCCUGCAGUAGCAACAAUAGCAGCAGCCUGCAGUAGCAACAAUAGCAGCAGCCUGCAGUAGCAACAGUAGCAGUGGCCUGCAGUAGCAACAAUAGCAGCAGCCUGCAGUAGCAACAAUAGCAGCAGCCUGCAGUAGCAACAGUAGCAGUGGCCUGCAGUAGCAACAAUAGCAGCAGCCUGCAGUAGCAACAAUAGCAGCAGCCUGCAGUAGCAACAAUAGCAGCAGCCUGCAGUAGCAACAAUAGCAGCAGCCUGCAGUAGCAACAAUAGCAGCAGCCUGAAGUAGCAGCAGGCUGAAGCAGUCAUGAUAACAACAGCCGUGGCAGUGACAAAAACAGUUGGCUGUUCCAACUACCAUACUAGACGGCUUUAGCCGAGACCUUUACGGCUGUAGGACUCAAGACAAAUUCUGGCUGAAUCAGUGGCAAAAACAGCCAGUCCAAGCACUUUAGACAAAUUCUGGCUGAAUCAGUGGCAAAACACAAAUUCUGGCUGAAUCAGUGGCAAAAACAGCCAGUCCAAGCACUUUUUUGUACAGUCGCCUGUACCAGCAACGAUAACCAUAGCAACCGGCUGAAGAAGCGACCAGAGCAGUGGAUUGAAGCAGAUAAGAAAGCAGCAACGAUAAUUGCCGGCUGUUUUGUUGCAAGUUUGCGGAGUUGAGGGUUCGAUGGACAUCUCGUGUACUCUUCAUGGUAGUUAUUAGUUACACAGUGCCAAUCCCAAUGUAUUAUUGUCCAAUAUCUACAAUGCGAACAUAUUUGUCAAGGCGUUUGGCAGACACUGGGUCGCCUGGGCCUCUCUUUCAGUAUUUCUCAGGUUCACCUCUAACUGUACGCAGAUUGACCAGAGAGAUACGCGAACUGUUGACGGCAGGAAAUAUCAAUCCCGCAAUAGACUUCGGAGGGAACUCGUUCCGGUGCCGGCUGAAGCAAAGGCGGUAAAAGCCGGCUGAGGGAACAACGAUAACAGACGGCUGAAUCAGUGACUACAACAGGCGAGUGUAGCAGAGACGAUAACAGCCGGCUGAUCUAGUGACAAUGACAGCCGGCCGAAGCAGCGAUGCCAAUAGCCGACCGAAGCAGCGAUGCCAAUAGCCGGCCGAAGCAGGGAUGCCAAUAGCCGGCCGAAGCAGCGAUGCCAAUAGCCGGCUAAAGCAGCGAUGCCAAUAGCCGGCCGAAGCAGCGAUGCCAAUAGCCGGCUGAAGCAGUAACGAUAACAGCCGGCUGAAGCAGCGAUGCCAAUAGCCGGCCGAAGCAGCGAUGCCAAUAGCCGGCCGAAGCAGUAACGAUAACAGCCGGCUGAAGCAGCGAUGCCAAUAGCCGGCCGAAGCAGCGAUGCCAAUAGCCGGCUGAAGCAGUAACGAUAACAGCCGGCUGAAGCAGUGACCAUAACAGCCGGCUGACACAGUGAUGACAAACUGAGCCGGCUGAAGAAGCGACCAUACCAGCCGGCUGAAGCAGGGACGGCAAUAGCCGGCUGAAGCAGUGAUUACAAUAGCCGGCUGAAGCAAUGACUCCAACAGCCAGCUGUAGCAGAGACGAUAACCGCCGGCUGAAGCAGUGAUUACAACACCAGCGUGUAGCAGAAACGAUAGCAACCGGCUAAAGCAGUGACGACAAUAGCCGGUUGAAGGCGUGAUGAUAACAGCCGGCUGAAGCUGUGAAGAUAAACGCCUGAGUCAAUGCCUACAACAGCCAGGUGUAGCAGAGACGAUAGCAGCCGCUUAAAGCAAUGACUACCAGAGCCGGCUGUAGCAGACACGAAAACGCCCGGCUGAAGCAGCGACGAUGACAGCCGGCUGUAGUAGUGACGAUAACAGCCGGCUGGAGCAGCGAAGACAAUCGCCGAAUGAACCAGUAAAGAUCGCAGCCGGCUGAAACCAUGACUAUAACAGCCGACUGAAGCAGUGACGAUAACAGUCGGAUGUCGCAGGGACUAUAACAGCCGGCUGACACAGUGAUCACAAAAGCCGGCUGAGGAAGCGACGGUAACAGCCGGCUGAAGCAUUGACGAUGGCAGCCGGCUGAAGCAGAGACAAUGACAGCCGGCUGAAGCAAUGACUACCACAGGCGGCUGAAGCAAUGACUACCACAGCCGGCUGAAGGGGCGAUGACAACAGCCGGCUGAAGCUGUGAUGGCAACAGCCGACUGCAGCAGUUACGAUAACAGUCGGCUGGAGUAACAACAAUAACCGGCUGAAGCAAUGAUGAUAACAGCCGGCUGAAUCAGAAACGAUAACAGCCAGCUGUAGCAGUGGCGAUGACAGCCGGCUCAAGCAGCGACAAUAACAGCCGGCUGAAGCAGCGACAAUAACAGCCGGCUGUAGCAGUGACGAUAACAGCCGGCUGUUGCAGUGACGACCAUAGCCGGCUGAAGGCCCGAUGAUAACAGCCGGCAGAAGCUGUGAUGAUUACAACCACCUGAAUCAGUGACUACAACAGCCGGGUGUAGCAGAGACGAUUGCAGCCGGCUGAAGCAAUGACUACCACAGCCGGCUGAGGCAAUGAAUACCACAGCCGGCUGAAGGAGCGAUGACAUCAGCCGGCUGAAGCUGUGAUGACAACAGCCGACUGUAGCAGUUACGAUAACAGCCGGUGAAGUAACAAAAAAAGUAACGACAAUAGCCGGCUGAAGCAGUGAUGAUCACAGCCGGCUGAAUCAGAAACUAUAACAGCCGGCUGUAGCAGUGACGAUGACAGCCGGCUGAAGCAGCGCCAAUAACAGCCGGCUGAAGCAAAGACUACAACAACCGGCUGUUGCAGUAGCAGAGAUAAUAACAGCCGCCUGUAGCAGUGACGAAAACAGCCGGCUGAAGUAACAACAAUAGCCGGCUGAAGAAGUAAUGACAGCCGGCUGAAUCAGAUACCAUAACAGCCGGCUGUAGCAUUGACGAUGGCAGUCGGCUGAAGCAGCGACAAUGACAGCCGGCUGAAGCAAAGACUACAACAACCAGCUGUAGCUGUAGCAGAGAUAAUAACAGCCGGCUGUAGCAGUGACGAUAACAGCCGGCUAAAGUAACGACAAUAGCCGGCUGAAGUAACGACAAUAGCCGGCUGAAGCAGUAAUGAUAACAGCCGGCUGAAGCAGUAAUGAUAACAGCCGGCUGAAUCAGAUACAAUAUCACCCGGCGGUAGCAUUAAAGAUGGCAGCCGGCUGAAGCAGCGACAAUGACAGCCGACUGAAGCAAUGACUACCACAGGCGGCUGAAGCAAUGACUACCACAGCCGGCUGAAGGAGCGAUGACAACAGCCGGCUAAAGCUGUGAUUACAACAGCCGACUGUAGCAGUUCCACUAACAGCCGGCUGAAGUAGCGACAAUAGCCGGCUGAAGCAGUGAUGAUAACAGCCGGCUGAAUCAGAAACGAGAACAGCCGGCUGUAGGAGUGACGAUGACAGCCGGUUGAAGCAGCGACAAUAACAGCCGGCUGUAGCAGUGACGAUAACAGCCGGCUGUUGCAGUGACGACCAUAGCCGGCUCAAGGACCGAUGAUAACAGCCGGCUGAAGCUGUGAUGAUUACAACCACCUGAAUCAGUGACUACAACAGCCGGGUGUAGCAGAGACGAUAGCAGCCGGCUGAAGCAAUGACUACCACAGCCGGCUGAAGCAAUGACUACCACAGCCGGCUGAAGGAGCGAUGACAUCAGCCGGCUGAAGCUGUUAUGACAACAGCAAACUGUAGCAGUUACGAUAACAGCCGGCUGAAGUAACGCCAAGAGCCGGCUGAAGCAGGAUUGAUAACAGCCGGCUGAAUCAGAUACGAUAACAGCCGGCUGUAGCAUUGACGAUGGCAGCCGGCUGAAGCAGCGACAAUGACAGCCGGCUGAAGCAAUGACUACCACAUGCGGCUGAAGCAAUGACUGCCACAGCCGGCUGAGGGAGCGAUGACAACAGCCGGCUGAAGCUGUGAUGACAACAGCCGACUGUAGGAGAGACAAUAACAGCCGGCUGGAGAAGUGAGGAUGACAGCCGGCUGUUGCAGUGACGACAAUAGCCGGCUGAAGGAGCGAUGACAACAGCCGGAGACGUUGUGAUGAUAACAGCCGACUGUAGCAGUGACUAUCACAGCCGGCUGAAGUUACGACAAUAGCCGGCUGAAGCAGCAAUGAUAGCAGCCGGCUGAAUCAGAAACGAGAACAGCCGGCUGUAGCAAUGACGAUUGCAGCCGGUUGAAGCAAUGACUACCACAGGCGGUUGAAGCAACGACUACCACAGCCGGCUGAAGGAGCGAUGAGAUUAGCCGGCUGAAUCAGAAACGAGAACAGCCGGUUAAAGCAGCGACAAUAACAGUUGGUGGAAGCAAAGACUACAACAACCGGCUGUAGCUGUAGCAGAGAUAAUAACAGCCGCCUGUAGCAGUGACGAAAACAGCCGGCUGAAGUAACAACAAUAGCCGGCUGAAGAAGUAAUGAUAACAGCCGGCUGAAUCAGAUACAAUAACAGCCGGCGGUAGCAUUGACGAUGUCAGCCGGCUGAUGCAGCGACAAUGACAGCCGACUGAAGCAAUGACUACCACUGGCGGCUGAAGCAAUGACUACCACAGCCGGCUGAAGGAGCGAUGACAUCAGCCGGCUGAAGCUGUGAUUGCAACAGCCGACUGUAGCAGUUCCAUUAACAGCCGGCUGAAGUAGCGACAAUAGCCGGCUGAAGCAGUGAUGAUAACAGCCGGCUUAAUCAGAAACGAGAACAGCCGGCUGUAGCAGUGACGAUGACAGCCGGCUGUAGCAGUGACUAUAACAGCCGGCUGUUGCAGGGACGACCAUAGCCGGCUCAAGGACCGAUGAUAACAGCCGGCUGAAGCUGUGAUGAUUACAACCACCUGAAUCAGUGACUACAACAGCCGGGUUUAGCAGAGACGAUUGCAGCCGGCUGAAGCAAUGACUACCACAGCCGGCUGAAGCAAUGACUACCACAGCCGGCUGAAGGAGCGAUGACAUCAGCCGGCUGAAGCUGUGAUGACAACAGCAAACUGUAGCAGUUACGAUAACAGCCAGCUGAAGUAACGACACUAGCCGGCUGAAGAAGCGAUGAUAACAGCCGGCUGAAUCAGAAACGAUAACAGCCGGCUGCAGCAGUGACGAUGACAGCCAGCUGAAGCAGAGACAAUAACAGCCGGCUGAAGGAAAGACUACAACAGCCGGCUGUAGCUGUAGCAGAGAUAAUAACUGCCGGCUGUAGCAGUGACGAUAACAGCCGGCCGAAGUAACGACAAGAGCCGGCUGAAGCAGUAAUGAUAACAGCCGGCUGAAUCAGAUACGAUAACAGCCGGCUGUAGGAUUGACGAUGGCAGCCGGCUGAAGCAGCGACAAUGACAGCCGGCUGAAGCAAUGACUACCACAGGCGGCUGAAGCAAUGACUACCACAGCCGGAUGAAGGCGCAAUGACAACAGCUGGCUGAAGCUGUGAUGACAACAGCCGACUGUAGGAGAGAUAAUAACAGCCGGCUGGAGCAGUGAGGAUGACAGCCGGCUGUUGCAGUGACGACAAUAGCCGGCUGAAGGAGCGAUGACAACAGCCGGCUGAAGCUGUGAUGAUUACAACCGCCUGAAUCAGUGACUACAGCAGCCGGGUGUAGCAGAGACGAUAGCAGCCGGCUGAAGCAAUGACUACAACAGCCGGCUGAAGCAAUGACUACCACAGCCGCCUGAAGGAGCGCUGACAUCAGCCGCCUGAAGCAGUGAUGAUAACAGCCGGCUGAAUCAGAAACGAUAACAGCCGGCUGUAGCAUUGACGAUGGCAGCCGGCUGAAGCAGCGACAAUGACAGCCGGCUGAACCAAUGACUACCACAGGCGGCUGAAGCAAUUACUACCACAGCCAGCUGAAGGAGCGAUGACAACAGCCGGCUGAAGCUGUGAUGACAACAGCCGACUGUCGGAGAGAUAAUAACAGCCGGCUGGAGAAGUGAGGAUGACAGCCGGCUGCUGCAGUGACGACAAUAGCCGGCUGAAGGAGCGAUGACAACAGCCGGAGAAAUUUUGAUGAUAACAGCAGACUGUAGCAGUUACGAUAAUAGCCGGCUGAAGUAACGACAAUAGACGGCUGAAGUAACGACAAUAGCCGGCUGAAGGAAUGACAAUAGCCGGCUGAAGCAGUAAUGAUAACAGCCGGCCGAAUCAGAGACGAUAACAGCCGGCUGUAUCAUUGCCGAUGGCAGCCGGCUGAAGCAAUGUAUACCACAGCCAGCUUAAGGCAUGACUACCACAGCCGGCUGAAGGAGCGAUGACAACAGCCGACUGAAGCUGUGAUGACAACAGCCGACUGUAGCAGUUACGAUAACAGCCGGCUGAAGUAACGACAAUAGCCGGCUGAAGCAGUGAUGAUUACAGCCGGCUGAAUCAGAAACGAUAACAGCCGGCUGAAUCAGACACGAUAACAGCCGGCUGUAGCAGUGACGAUGACAGCCGGCUGAAGCAGCAACAAUAACAGCCGGCUGAAGCAAGGACUAGAACAACCGGCUGUAGCUGUAGCAGAGAUAAUAAUAGCCAGCUGUAGCAUUGACGAUAACAGCCGGCUGAAGUAACGACAAUAGGUGGCUGAAGCAGUAAUGAUAACAGCCGGCUGAAUCAGAAAUGAUAGCAGCCGGCUGUAGCAGUGACGAUGGCAGCCGGCUGAAGCAGCGACAAUAACAGCUGACUGAAGCAAUGACUACCACAGGCGGCUGAAGCAAUAAUUACCACAGCCGGCUGAAGGAGCGAUGACAACAGCCGGCUGAAGCUGUGAUGACAACAGCCGGCUAUAGCAGUUACGAUAACAGCCGGCUGAAAUAACGACAACAGCCAGCUGAAGUAACGACAAUAGCCGGCUGAAGUAACGACAAUAGCCGGCUGAAGCAGUAAUGAUAACAGCCGGCUGAAUCAGAUACGAUAACAGCCGGCUGUAGCAUUGACGAUGGCAGCCGGCUGAAGCAGCGACAAUGACAGCCGGCUGAACCAAUGACUACCACAGGCGGCUGAAGCAAUGACUACCACAGCCGGCUACAGGAACGAUGACAACAGCCAUCUGAAGCAGUGACGACGACAGCCUGCUGUAGGAGAGAUAACAUCAGCCGGCUGGAGAAGUGAGGAUGACAGCCGGCUGUUGCAGUGACGACAAUAGCCGGCUGAAGGAGCGAUGGCAACAGCCGGAGAAGUUGUGAUGAUAACAGCCGACUGUAGCAGUGACGAUAACAGCCGACUGAAGUAACGACAAUAGCCGGCUGAGGCAGUGAUGAUAACAACCGGCUUUCGCGGGGUCUAUAACAGCCGGCUGAUGCAGUGAUGGCAAAAGCCGGCUGAAGAAGCGAAGAUAACAGCCAGCUGAAGCAGGGAUCACAAUAGCCAGCUGAAACAAUGACUCCAACAGCCAGCUGUAGCAAAAACAAUAACAGCCGGCUGUAGCAGAGACUAUAACAGCCAUCUGAAGCAGUGACGACGAGAGCCGGCUGUAGAAGAGAUAACAGCCGGCUGGAGAAGUGAGGAUGACAGCCGGCUGUUGCAGUCAAGAGAAUAGCCGGCUGAAUGAGCGAUGACAACAGCCGGAGAAGUUGUGUAGCAGUGACGAUAACAGCCGGCUGAAGUAUCGACAAUAGCCGGCUGCAGCUGUAAUGAUAACAGCCGGCUGAAUCAUAUACGAUAACAGCCGGCUGAAGCAUUGACGAUGACAGCCGGCUGAAGCAGCGACAAUGACAGCCGGCUGAAGCAAUGACUACCACAGCCGGCUGAAGGAGCGAUGACAACAGCCGGCUGAAGCUGUGAUGACAACAGCCGACUGUAGAAGUUACGAUAACAGCCGGCUGAAGUAACGAAAAUCGCCGGCUGAAGCAGUAAUGAUAACAGCCGGCUGAAUCAGAAACAAUAACAGCUGGCUGUAGCAGUGACGAUGACAGCCGGCUGAAGCAACGAUAAUAAGAGCCGGCUGAAACAAAGGCUGCAACAACCGGCUGUAGCUAUAGCAGAGAUAAUCACAGCCGGUUGUAGCAGUGACGAUAACAGCCGGCUGUUGCAGUGACGACCAUAGCCGGCUGAAGGACCAAUGAUAACAGCCGGCUGAAGCUGUGAUGAUUACAACCGCCUGAAUCAGUGACUACAACAGCCAGGUGUAGCAGAGACGAUAGCAGUCGGCUGAAGCAAUGACUACCUCAGCCGGCUGAAGCAAUGACUACCACAGCCGGCUGAAAGACCGAUGACAUCAGCCGGCUGAAGCUGUGAUGACAACAGCCGACUGUAGCAGUUACGAUAACAGCCGGCUGAAGUAUUAACAAUAGCCGGCUGAAGCAGUGAUGAUAACAGCCGGCUGAAUCAGAAACGAUAACAGCCGGCUGCAGUAGUGACGAUGACAGCCGGCUGAAACAGCGCCUGUAACAGCCGGCUGAAGCAAAGACUACAACAACCGGCUGAAGCUGUACCAGAGAUAAAAACUGCCGGCUGUAGCAGUGACGAUAACAGCCGGCUAAACCAGUGACAACUAUAGCCGGCUGAAGGACCGAUGACAACAGCCGGCUGAAGCUGUGAUGAUAACAACCGCCUGAAUCAGUGACUACAACAGCCGGGUGUAGCAGAAACAAUAGCAGCCGGCUGAAGCAAUGACUACCACAGCCGGCUGUAGCAGACACGAUAACGGCCGGCUGAAGCAGCGACGAUGACAGCCGGCUGAAGCAGCGACGAUAAGAGCCGGCUGGAGCAGCGAAUACAAUCGCCGACUGAAGCAGUAAAGAUCGCAGCCGGCUGAAACGAUGACUUUACCAACCGCAUGAAUCGGUGACUACAACAGCCGGUUUGAUGGAAAUAGCGCUGACAAAAACCAACAUUACUUAUUUGAGCAGCGAUGCCACGAAGGCCGGAAGCUGCUCUGUCCACAACCAACAUAAUGGCAUGAUCAAUGGGAAACCAUCAACCAACGCAAUGGAUGGAAGCAGGGCUUUCAACAGCCAACACAAUGGAUGGGAGCAGGGCUUUCGACAACCAACACAAUGGAUGGGAGCAGCGCUUUCGACAACCAACACAAUGGAUGGGAGCAACUCUUUCGACAACUAACACAAUGGCAUGAUGGGAGCGGGUUUCUGGAAACCAAAAGGCAACACAACGACCAAGUGGCACCAACGCUAGCCAUGGUGUCACCGUCAUGGCUUGGGUUUGUCACAGCAGCCAUGUCUGUAGAUGAGUUGUACACCAGUACUGCUCCAGGAUACUGGUCCAGGGUGACAGUGAGUGUGGAUAUUAGGAAUACCAUUCACGCAGAACCAGUGGAUAUUACUGGCGGAGACCCAUCGGAGAGUGUAGUCUAUGCUGCUGGUACAAGCAUGCGCAACUUGUCAGUCCGGUACAGCAUCAGUUCAUCUCCGCCUACACCAGCAUCCCCUACUGCCGUUCAGGAAUCCACCGCUCCGAUAAGCCAUGCCCAGUCAUCUGCCCCAAACUCACCAUCGCAGAUGCCGUAUAAGGAAGAGGUAGUGACCCAGGCGCUAGGUGCCAGCACAAUGCCGUCUACCAGUACCUCACCAGCCACGCCUGACUACGACAAUCAGUUCUCUCUUUACAAUUAUGCUCGAGAAGAUGACGCAACGACCACCGGAUACGCCAGUUCCACUGCACAAAACUCCAACACCGUCAUCGCCGCCGCCAACACCACCAAACCCGACCCCACUCCAGCCACUGGCGAUAAUGUUUCCAUGGCAACAGCAAGUGCAACGAAUCCUGUUAUUCAGUCGGAGGAAGAGGCUCCUGCCGCAUCUCUACCGGGACCAGAGUGCACGGAAGUCGUUUUGCCCAAAAAGGUUGUUGAACCACAGCGAGUCUUGACCAACCCUAAUGCCGAAAAUGACGGACUAGCCUCGGAUCAAGAUUCCCAUGACAGUCCAAUACGUGGCACUGCAUCACCUCGCAAUGAUGAUACACCCGUUGAGGCUUACGGCAAGGAAAACAAGAACUUUGAUCAAGGCAGUACAGAAGAGUGAGAGUGGAGUUGGCAGAGUUUCUCGCCUUUCCGUCGCUGUUGUAACUUGUGUAUUUCGGUGCUGGACAAAACGAGUGCAUGCAGCUACGUUUACGUCACCCCUCCAAUCCUUCCUCCGUGGUUGUCUCUGCAUUCUGCACCACCACAUCUCCAUGUCCUUACUAUUCGCCAUUGUGUCAUAUACUCGAUACAAUCUUUUCCACUGACCUGUUCAUUGUUUGGUUUGUAGUCUGCUGAACUGCAAACAUCUCUCUCUCUCUCUCUCUCUCUCUCUCUCUCUCUCUCUCUCUCUCUCUCUCUUUCUCUCUUUCCAACAUGUCUUCUCGGAUUGUGCUGACUGACAAUGCAACAUGAUUCAUUUCCCCAUCAUGUCUCGGUUGCUCUUGAACAUUUGUUCCAAGUCUCGGCUGCUCAUGUAUACCUGUAUCAGGUUUUCCCCACCAGUUUUAUGUUGUUAGAUGCCUCCAGCAAUCACACGUUUGACCUUUUUUGUUUGGUUUUGAAACCAAUUCCUAAAGUCACCAGGCCCCGCUAUGUCUCCAAUGAUUUUGAACAACAUUCCGUCUUGGAAUGAAUUCCAUUCAACAGCCUUUCCGGCUUAGAAUGAUUUCCAUUCCACAGCAGUAUCCGUCUUUUAAAUUUCCAAUCACCAUCUUGUUGCGAUCUCUGACCAACUUUCUCCGCCACAAGCCAA